AUGACAGAGAAGAAGGUUAAAUGUAAGUUUAAAUGAUAGAAAACCAUAUUCUGACGGUUUUAGUUCCGGGUACGGUCGCGAUAAGGCCGGGAUCACCUAUUCGUCUGAAGAUGAACAGUGUAAUCAAGGAGUUUGUUCAAGCAGGAGAAGAUAAGGUAAGUUUUGUUUAUCGUUAUAGGUUUUCUGAUUUUAGAUCCAUCGACUGAUUUUGAACUCGCGGUGCGAAGCAAAGUACGUUUGGGCAUCAUCUCCGAGCUGUAUCUGGUUCCGAUUGCCUAAUCAAGACGCUAGUGUGUGUGAUUUAACAGAGAAGUAAGUCAGCUUGGUGUAAACUUAUGUGUUCUGCUCUUCUUUUACUGUGAAAUCAAUAAAUUGUUUUAGGUAUUGCAUGGAACCAUACAAAGGUCCUUAUCUUAAAUUUCAUUAUUGUAUGGCUCCAAGAUACGAUUCCGAUGAUGAUGGUCGUAGAUUUAUCGUAUAUUCCCGCGCUCGCAUCUUGGCUGUCCAAAAAGAUGAUGCCGAGUCUAAUAUAUAUUGUUAUGUGUUCUUCAUCGAUCAUGGGUGUGGGCAUUGGGUAGAAGGACGUACGUUGGGCAAGAUUUCAUACGAAAUGACAUCGAUUCCAUGGCAAUCGAUACCUGUGGCUUUGGCUGGUGUUAAACCACUCAAUUUCGUAUGUUUACUUUUAAAAUUAAUCAAACUCUUAAUAUCAUCGUGUUUUCUGUUUGCUUUGUUUAUAUAUUUUAAAGAAGUUUUUUAGUACCGUGUACCGCAAGUGUCAGGACAAUGGUCAGCCUUUCAUCUAGCGACAAUCAGAGAAAUAUUGUCUGAAUUCGAUCACUUUGAGUUGGAGCCAUUGGUUAGCAAAUCUCAACAGUCGACUUACGAUCAGUACGCAAGAGUAGGUAUAUUCUAGUCAAAAGAGAAGUUUCUAUUUAUUAAAUUAAUCUAUUGUUAAUAAAUUAAUUUGUCCAACGACUGUUUUAUAUUGUUUUAGGUGCGGUUAGUGGGUGUAAAAGAACAGAAAACGGAUGGGGAAGACAGCAAAGCUAAUGCUACUUCUAUGUACGAUGAAGAAGAUGACAUUGAGAAGUUCGAUGUUGCACGUCUGUUCUUCCAGCGAUGUUUCACGGUUGAUCCGGUUAAAAUACAAUUGGAAGUGUCAGAAUUAAGCGAACAAGAACUUUUCCAGUCUUUGGUCAAAGAUGAGGUGGGUAUUAUUAAUAUGGGUUGUUCUAUAAUUAUUUUUUGUACAAAAGCAAUUUCAUACCUUAUAUUUUAAGGUGUCUGAGCUUCGAAGACAAGAAAUUCCGUUUGAAUUCACCAGAUUCCCGCCAUCGAACCGUCGAGAAGGUCCAAAUGGGUCGCCAUGCUUCAGUCCAGGGACCAAUUACGAGUUGGAUAUGCCACCAACACCUUCCUUAAGUAGGUCGCAGUCUGAAUUUGGAAAUGAAAAUCAACUUGAGUUGGAGAUGAGAGAAAGAAAUAAUAUUGAAGACAGCUUCGAGGUGAACAACGACAACUUGAGAGAUUGGGAUCCAGAUGCGGACACCAAGUAUCUAACAGAGCAGGUACCUCAGUUGGAUGAGAAUCAUCUGAACACAUUCAUGCAAGAGGGGCAUCUCAGAUUUAUGUUGGCUAAUGAUUCAGCUUUUCGGGUAGGUUUAAACGACUUUAAUGUUGUUAAAGGUGAUAAAUUCUUGAUUUAAACUUAUUUUUGUCAUAUCUUAUGAGCAAAGCACAAAUUACAGGAGUCGCCUCACAAGUUCUUCGCCUACCAUAUGAAGCCUUCGAAACGCCUAAACGCUUCGAGUUGUACUGAAGCCAUGCAGAAUCUGUACGCUGAAUUAGGAAACUGGAGAGAUCGGCUGAAUGCCUUUUACUUUUUGACCGAGAACUGUACUGUGUUGCGAUACAAAGCAUUGAAGGAAGCCUAUACGAAGGGAGAGAAUGUAUAUGCGAUUUACUGCGACACUGACGAAUCUGACAACCACGAGUUCACACGGGUCAAGUUGACUAAUGUUUACCCGAAUGCUCACGGUCUUCAUGAACAUGUACAGAUCAUAUUCUUGGAUCGACCUGGCACUAGAAUGGUACCAGCUGGUACUCUUUUGAGAAUGCAUUCAACGUGAGUGGUUAUUGAAUUUUAAGUUCUUGCCUUAGGGUGUUGGUCUUUACUCUGUUAAUCACGACAAACUUUUUUAAAUAUUAUAGUUCUUGAAAGAAUAAUUUAUAAUUUCAUAACUUAUUUUAGACACGCCAAGCGGCCUCAGAUGUGUGUUCAAUUGAGUUUGGACAAUAUUGCUCCUCCAGCCGGCUUCGAAUGGGAAAAUAUUCAGAUUGAUCGCUUUAGGGAGUUCUGUUUCUCAGAUGCUCCUAUGAGAUGUCGCAUUGUACGGUGGAUCUCUCCGUAAGUGUACAAAAUAUAGUGACCCUUUGGCUUUGUUAUAUGUUAUACUUUUGUAACGUUAUUAUUAUGUUAAUUUUGGUGUUUUAGAGAAGAGUCAGGUGAUUUGGUAAGGAUGUCGGUCGCUGAUCUCACUCAAGCCUGGUCGAAAACAAUCUUUUCGGUCGAAAAUCAUAUGGUGCAGGCUAAGAUGGCUGUCAGGCUACUAUGA